AUGAGUCCCUCUUUGGCGAGCGUGGCGGCGGCGGUGGCUGUGCUCCUGGCAGCGGCCUCCGAGGGGCGCCCCAGGACCAUCGUGGACUACAACGUGGGGUCCCAUCUGCGCAGGGAGACCGGCCUUCCCGGAGUCGCCGUCGAGGGAGAGUACAGAUGGCGAACGCCGAACGGCGAAGAGAACGUGGUGCGUUACACCGCCGACAAGAACGGCUACGUCGCACGCGGCAACGUCGUGCCGGGGCGCUACGACCCCCUCGGGAACCCAAGGCUCGUGCACAGCUACUACCAGACUCCUUUCGACGCCUCUGCUGAAGCUCCUGCCGAAGGCCCUAGUGAGGUCGCUAAGGCCGACAACGAUGGUAUUUUGAUGCCGACAAGAGAAGACGCUGAAGACAGCGCUGCUGGAGAAGGAACUGACGAUGCCAUCCACGAGAAAAUAAAUGAAAUCCCUGUUGAAAAGGCAGCGGAGGGCGUCCCGGCUGAAGAGGAAGCUGAAGAUACUUCUGGCGGUGAUGUAGCUAAAGAUGUGUCUGAUACAGAGAUAGCUGAUGAUACUCCCGCCGAGGAGGUAGCUGCAGAUGAAGAAGCAGCCGAGGAUGUCCCUGCCGAUGGUGCACCUGAAGUUGAUUCCACUCGCGCCGAGAAGGCUGUCCCCGCGGAAGAAAUGGCGGGCAUGAACGCGAUAAUCUUCCCCGACGACCCUUCCCCUUCCGUUCCCUUGGUGGAGGCAGUGGAGAGGAAGCCGGAGGCGGAGGCUGAUGGGAUGAAUGCCAUUAUUUUCCCCGAAAAUGUACCUGCUGUGGAAAUGACGGAACCCGAAGUCUCGACGGAAUCUGCUCCUGCCGUCGAAGUGGAAAAUCGACCCGACGGGAGCAUUCCGGCGACGGAAGUGCCCGAGGCUGAAGAAUCGGGCGCGCCUGAGAUUGUUAUGCCGGUCGACCCAGCCAUGGAUGAGAACAACGCUGAGGAGGGGCUUCUUGCCACAGAACCGAAGCGCCGGAGGAGGUCAACCCCUACCGAAGCGCCGGAGGAGGUUAACCCCGCCACCGAAGCGCCGGAGGAGGUCAACCCCGCUACCGAAGCGCCGGAGGAGGUUAACCCCGCCACCGAAGCGCCGGAGGAGGUCGACCCUGCCACCGAAGCGCCGGAGGCGAAUGCUGAGGAGACUUCCACAGAGGCUCCAACAGCCAAUGGCGAUGACGCUGUGACGGCAAGGACGACCGGAGAAGAAGCCGCAGAUGUUCCCGCUGAAGAAGACCAAGCCACGGAGGCACCGAGUGAUGUUGCUGCUCCGGAAGAGGUCUCCGUCACCGAAGUUUCCAUCGAAGAAGAUGUAAAGGAGGAACUUCCUGCGACAGAGUUACCUGUUACAGAAGAAGCCUCCUCGGCCAUCGAAACUGCUCUCACAGGAGAGGAUUUCGGGGAGGAGAUCGCGGUCACCGAAUCCCCUAUGGGAGAAGGUGAAUCCACAGAGGUCCCUGAGAGCCUUGCAGCUGAAAGUGAAGCAGGAGGCUCGGCUGUAACCUCUGCUCCUGAGCUAUUGAUCAUGGAGGAUCCUGCGAUUAAUGAGGCUCCUGUAAUGGCUGCAGAUGCUCUUCUUAUGGCGGUUGGAAACGCAAAUGGUGAUGACCCUACUGAGGACACCGCCCUAUCCAUGUUUGACAGUGCCGUUGCUAAGGCUAAUGAAGUUGAGACGGCCGACGCUCCUCCAAAGGCUGACGAUGAGGUCGCUGACACUGAUCUUGCCAUGCCUGAUGAAGUCCGCAUGCCUCUUGAUGCCAUGGAGAACGACGCGCCUGCGAUGCCUCCCAUGCGAUCUGCGGACGAAGAAGAACAAGAAGAACCCGAGAUUCUGGGCUACAUCCAUAGCCACCCCCACGCCCACUUCUUCGGCGAUGACCACCACGCAUACCCAGCCCACCCACACCCGCAACCUUACCGCCCACACUUCAAAAUCUACAAAGGGAAACCCGACGGGGAUCAUAAGGUGCAUCAUGGGCAUGUCUUCAACUUCUACCACUGAGGUCAUUCUCUGGGACACGACUCUUCUCAACCCUUUCGAAUUCGUAAAAAAAAUUCUAGUCGAAAACGGAAAAUGAAAUGGCGUUCGCGAAUUCCGCUCCUGUCUGGAGAAUCCGAUAUCUCACUUCUCUUCGGGCUUAAAGGAAAUUUAUACAGAAAUACAAAUGAUUCCUCUUCGAUUCAGGGUCAACGGAAAUGUAUGUGAUAAAAACAAAAAGAAACAAAAAAACGACAGAAAAUUUUGAAUGGGAUUUAGGUGAAUGGUACCUUAUAUGUGAACAAAAUAAAGAAUCAUAAGCUAUAUUUCUGUCUAUAAAAAUAUAUAUAUGUAUGCAUCACCUCUUAUGUACUAAUAGCCAUGUACUGCA